AUGGCGUAUAGGAGGAGGCAAGGAGGGAUGGGAAGAUCAUCGGAUAUGAUGUCAUUACAGGCCGUUGCUGACCACACAUCAUCAUCGUCAUCAUCAUCAUCAUCUCUAGCGGCACAAGCCAUUAUGGCCCAUCGAGGAGGUCCUACCUAUGACUAUACAUCAAUGGGAAGUUCAAAUGAGGCAGGCAGCUUUUGGGGUGUUCUUGCAAGAAAAGCAAAAGAAAUUCUUGAUGAUGAUAAUAAUAAUAAUAAUAAUAAUGUUCCAUAUCAAUCUGAGUAUCUUAACCCUACAAGAGUACAAGAUAUAAUAACAACAAACUAUUCAUUAAAGAUUGAUCAGGAUGAGAAUUGUAACAAGUCGGAUAAUCCGACUCUGCGUAAGAAACUCGACGUGCUGACAUCUUCCAUGAAUCGCAUUGGGGACACCAUUGGAAAUGCAUUGGAGGAAGGGCGCACAAUUGUUGAGAACAAGACUGCUGGUUUUAUCCAAGAAACACGCAAAAUGCAGAUAAGGAGAAAAGAAAAUUACAAUGAGGGAGGCACAGGGAAACUCUCAAUGCAAUCACCUAACAACCAUACCAGCCAGGAAGAUAUGCUUAAGGCAUCUCGAGACGUGGCAAUGGCGACUGCAGCAAAAGCAAAGCUGCUUCUACGAGAGUUGAAAACGGUUAAAGCUGACUUAGCGUUUGCAAAACAACGGUGUUCUCAAUUAGAAGAAGAGAAUAAAAUUCUUAGAGAGGCUCGUGAGAAGGGAGUUAAUCCUGCUGAUGAUGACAUGAUUCGGCUCCAGCUAGAGACGUUGUUGGCUGAGAAGGCUCGUUUGGCGCAUGAGAAUUCAGUUUAUGCACGUGAGAAUAGGUUCUUGAGGGAGAUAGUUGAAUACCAUCAGCUUACAAUGCAAGAUGUCGUUUAUUUGGAUGAAGGAAUUGAAGAGGUUACAGAAGUUUUUCCGGUUAUGUCGAGGAUACUCUCGGAAGGACCCUCUCCAACAAUGUCUCGAAAUUCGUCUACAAAUAAUCUCUCGAGAACCUCUUCUAUUGUUGAUUUGCUCUCACUCUCCACACCAAAAGCAGAAUAA